AUGGACCAGGUCAAGGUGGUCUCGACAUUUCUGACAAUAAAAUUAUUGGAGGUGAACGCUCCAAGACUGUUGGGAUCCGCAGAGUUGGCAACACCAACACCAGACAUGACGAAGGCUCAAGCUGGUGCUGCAUCCUAUAGUUUAGGAGAAGAAGAAGCGGAACCAAAGUUAGCAUAA